AGAACUUCCGGCCGAGCCGGAAGAUCCUCUCCCUCGCGGUGUCGAGUGGCUCCCGGCUGCGGGGUUGGGAGGGGAGGUCCGGGACGACCCCGGUGUACUCCUGGGCGUCGGGCCCACGACCUUUCCUUGGCGCCAUGGGUGUGAUCGGUAUUCAGCUGGUCGUUACCAUGGUGAUGGCCAGUGCCAUGCAGAAGAUUCUGCCUCACUAUUCUCUUGCUCGAUGGCUGCUGUGUAAUGGCAGUUUGAGAUGGUAUCAACACCCUACAGAAGAAGAACUAAGAAUUCUUGCAGGAAAGCAGCAAAAAGGGAAAAGCAGAAAAGACAGGAAAUAUAAUGGUCACAUUGAAAGUAAGCCACUAACCAUUCCAAAGGAUAUUGAUCUCCAUCUAGAAACAAAGUCAGUUACAGAAGUGGAUACUUUAGCAUUGCAUUACUUCCCAGAAUACCAGUGGCUGGUGGAUUUCACAGUGGCUGCUACAGUUGUCUAUCUAGUAACUGAAGUCUACUACAGUUUUAUGAAGCCCACACAGGAAAUGAAUAUCAGCUUAGUCUGGUGCCUGCUUGUUUUGUCUUUUGCAAUUAGAAGAUGGUGGUGAAAGAUCAGUCUGUGUUACCUUUGGAUUUUUUUUCUUUGUGAAAGCAAUGGCUGUCUUGAUUGUAACAGAAAACUAUCUGGAAUU